AAUAAACACCGUAGCUAUAGUAACAAUCGAUAUCUUGGAAAACUUCGUUUAUAAUGGCUGGGUCACAGGCCAUGGAAAGAUGCAAUUUCGAGGAUUUAUAUGUGCUGUCUGCAAGCGUACUCUCACUCGAUCUCAGCAGAAAAGGAAUAUGCAAACUUCCAGAGCUUCAGGACUGCGAAAAACUAGAGUGCCUAUAUAUUGAAGGAAACGAACUGUCAACACUACCAGAGUCUCUGUUCAUUAGUUGUCCCAACCUUCGCUGGCUAGACUUGAGAAAUAAUCACCUUACUUCUAUUCCACCAUCAAUUGAGAAACUCAGAUAUUUGCGAACUCUACUCUUGGAAGGCAACCGCAUAAUUUCUCUCCCUCCUCAAUUGGGUAGACUACGUCACUUGACAGGUCUGAACCUCUCAAACAAUCCGUUAGAAAAUCCUCCCAAGCACAUAGUCCAAAAAGGAACUAAGGUAGUCUUGCAGCACUUGCUAAAAUUAUUGAGAGAGUAUGAAGAAGAUAGUGAGCAAAUGUUCAACGGUGAGUCCAACACUGCUAACUCUUCCCCCACCCAUAUUGAAAGCAAUCCAUCAAAUGAAACAGCGUCUCAUCAUCAUAUUGAUGUUAAUUCUAUGCAAAGACUGCAUGUGUCCUCAAAGCUUGGACUGCCAUUACCAUUACUGUCAAAGCAAAUACCACUACAUGCACACCCCCAAUCACCUUGUUUUGCAAUUAAAAGGAAGCACUUCAAUAAAGAACGAAGCGUUAAUUCACCCGAGUGCCUUGUAGUGAACAAAAAAUGUGUCAAGAAAAUGGAAACAAGCACAAAAAUACAUAAUGUCACCCAGGGUAUAAAGAAACAGCCACCUCCUCCAAAACUAAGUGCUGAGGAAAAGUUGGAGAUUAGCGUUACAAUUGAAAAGAGAAAGGCAGUAGAAACACUGAAGGUUUGGAGAGAAGAAGCACGAGAGCUGAAGAGAAAACAGGACCAGCAGGUGGGUGUUGAUGGACAAUUGGGUUACCAAAAGGCAGAGGAAAUAGCUCCAUUUGCUACUUUCUCCACUGAGAACAGAUUAAGGGAAUCACUGUCCACGAACAGAUUGAAGGCAAUUGAUAGGCAAAAUGCAUUUCGAGAUGUACGCGAGACUGAACUAAGAACAAGGAUCAACAAACACAUGCUCGAACUAGCAACAUUACGGAAACAAGCAGGACUUAUAUCAUCUCCUUCCGAUGAACUAUUACAGGCCGAAAAAAAACUUGCUGAGGCUCUUGUCUGGCGUAAGGACAUUGAGGGUGAAAAGUCAAGAGAAUAUAGACUAUCUGCAUUUACUGGAGAUCUACCAGGAUAAUAGCAUAGUAUAUAUAAUGUUGUCUAUUUGCUCAGUGAGUUUUACAUGUUAACAGCAUUUAUUUGUGAUCACAUAAAUAAUAUGAAAAUUAAGGGCAUGA